AUGGCUGUACGCACUGCCUGGCUAUGGGCCAGCCUUCUGCUGGCAACUUCGGCUGCAGCUCAAGAAUGUCAUCGCGACUUCAAGAUAGAGUCCACCAGUGACACCGAAUCGCUCUUCGACAACUGCACCACAAUCGUGGGCAACAUCGAUCUGGGCGACGGAUUUAUCGGCCCGAUCAUAAUGGGCGACGUCGUAAAUAUUACAGGAACUCUCACGCUUGGUACAGAGGAUACGAGGCGGUCUGUCGUGCACCGUGUUGAGGCGCCAGUACUCGAAUACCUCGGUGGUUUGGUGACUGUCAAGACAAGAAUUGACGAAGUGUCCCUGCCGAAGCUGAAGAACGUUACAGGAGAGAUAUUGAUUUCACCGUUGAAUACCGGUAGCAGUGACGUUGAGAUGCGGUUUCCCGCGUUGGAGCACGCUGGUGGGAUUGAUAUUGGCCUGGGUGAUUAUAUUUACGGCAGUGGGGGCUUUUCAUUGAUAUCCUUGGGCGUUGACCUGGCAUCGCUGCGGUCUGCAGAGUAUAUUCGGCUCUGGGGAUAUCUAACCAGCCUUAACAUGUCAGAGCUUACCACAGUCGGCCUGCCCAACGGAGAGACCAAGCACACCGAUCGUAGUGGGCUCGAGAUCCAGCUGACAGAGAAAGGGGACGACCUAAAUAUUACCCUUCCGAAGCUCAAAUCGGUUGAAUCAAACCUUACGCUCUCUGGGACAAUAAGGGAGCCCCAGCUGGAUUCCCUGACGAAGACAUCUGCUAAUAUCACUAUCGACGCUUCAUACCCUCUGGACAUAUCAUUUCCACUCAUUGAAGCCAAGACGAUUACAUUAAACGGCACCAUUCACUCCGCCUCGUUCCCCGACAUCCAACGGUUCGAAUCCAUCACAAUCACCACCGUCUAUGACGACUUCGACUGUGACGGGUUCAAAGAAUCCCAUCCAGGGAGUAUAUCCUGCACCGCAGGCUCUCCGUCGAAGAGACUUAGCUCAGGGGCGAAAAUCGCUUUGAGCGUUACCAUACCGAUUGUCAUGGUCCUAGCGGUGACUUCCAUAGCAAUUGUGCUUCGGCGACGUCGUAGCCGAAAGAAUAAAGAGUCUAUGGUGGCUUCUGGUCCGGGGGGUCCUCCUCCUUAUAAUAUAGCGAUGCGGCCAUUACCACCGAGGAAGGAGAUGGCACCGCCGCCGCCGUAUUCUGCUAGUUAA